ACUUGACAAUUUGAAUGAAAAUAUUGUAACUGUGUAGGUAAGAGAGCAAACAUUUGAGAGUGUGUGAGAAAAUUUAUGAAUUCAAGGAGAAACUGGGUAGUUUGGCUGCACGGCCAUGUGGUUAAACAUAUAAACAUUCGGCGUGUAUUGGAGUCUCUCUCAUGAACUCAACGAACAAGUUCCCGAACGAGCGAAGAUUAUUACUACAUACGUGCAUAUACAUAUGUACAUCAUGCACUACAAUGCCAACAAACUUAUGCAAGUGCGAUGUGUAAGAUGCCUACAUCAAUUCAGUGUCCUAUCAACCUUUGUUGUGUUUGCUUUGCGUAUUUUCUCGCUUUGUCAUUUUUAACAUUUCGCUGCAUAAUGGAUGGGCUAUUGGAUCAGAAGCUUAAUAUACGUUUCGUACAAACUGUGCAAAAGUAUCCAGUUAUAUACAAUACUAAAAUAAAGGGUUAUAAGCACAAGCAAUGCAUUCGUGCAAGAGAAAAAGCGUGGACGGCUAUUUCAGAGCAGUUUAAAUGUGAUGUAUUGCCAUUACAGAAGAAAUGGAGAAAUUUUCGUGCUACUUUGCUCCAAAAACUAAGCCAAAAGCAAAAAGGCCAAGACGCUCAGCCAUAUUAUUUAUACGAUUACAUAAAGUUUCUUAUACCAUAUCUUGAAAAAUCGUAUGAGCCUCGGGAAUCGAAUGCAAAAUAUGAGAAAACAGACAAUGAGGAAAUCAAAGGACAGGUGAAUCAGCAAUGCGCUGAAGAAUAUGAAAUAGAUGGCAUCGAUCAAAACACAAUGAAUUAUGAAUAUUAUGAUUCAGAUGAAAUUAUUACAACAAAGCAAAAACCAUCAUUGUCCUCAUUAAAGGGGAAUAUUAUAACCGUUGAACCCACUGAAAGAUCAUCCAACCCACAGCACAGACUGAAGAGAAAACCGAAUGCGUUUAGUAAUAGAAAAUUUAUGACCAGUGCGCACUCUACUCCGCUUUCCAAUGCCACACGUGUUGUUUCAACCCCCAUUGGAAAUACUGAACUUGAGGAAUUGGCAAAUGGUGAAUAUGCCAAAAAGCAUUUUUUAUUCAGUUUAAUACCAGAUCUUAAUGAAAUGUCCAACUCGCAGAUGAGACAUUUCAAAUACAAAGUUUUAGGGUUGAUAGAUGAAGUUUUGAAAGAGAAUUAAAAUUAAUCACGUUUAACAAUUACUUUGUAAAAUUCAACAAAAAAAAA